AUGUCUACUAAUUUUGAGAAGCAUUUUGAGGAAAACGUUGAUAACUGUACUCUAGAGCAACUUCGGGAUAUCCUAGUCAAUAAGUCCGGCCAAUCAAAAUUGGCAAACAGAUUUAGAGCACUAUUCAACUUGAAAGGUGUGGCUGAAGAGUUUGAGAAAAAUCCUGAAGAUGCUGCUAAGGCCACUGAGUACAUCAGUGAGACGUUCGGAGAUAGCAGCGAGCUUCUAAAGCACGAAGUCGCCUAUGUACUUGGUCAAACUAAGAACAUGUUAGGCGCUCCUGUCUUGAGAGAUGUGUUGGCUGACGAUGGCCAGCAAUGUAUGGUUAGACACGAGGCAGCCGAAGCCCUUGGUGCACUUGGUGACGUGGACUCUCUACCAAUUUUGGAGAAGUACUUUAAAGAAGACCCUCUGGUGGAGAUCAGACAGACUUGCGAACUUGCCAUUGGGAGAAUCAAAUGGCAAAGUAGCGGCAGCGCCAAGAAGGAAAACUUGCAAGAUUCUUUGUACUCGAGCAUCGAUCCAGCUCCUCCUUUGACGCUCGAUCAAAACUACAAGAUCGAGGAAUUGAAAGAGAUUCUUAAUAACCAGGAAAAGCCUCUGUUCGAGAGAUACAGAGCAAUGUUCAGACUUAGAGACAUCGGAACUGACGAAGCUUGCUUAGCGCUUGCCAGUGGUUUCGAUGACCCAUCUGCUCUUUUCAAGCACGAAAUUGCCUAUGUGUUCGGUCAGAUAGGGAACCCUGUUGUCGUUCCAAACCUUGUUGAGGUGCUUGGCCGCGAAAACGAAGCCCCAAUGGUGAGACACGAGGCUGCCGAAGCUUUAGGUUCCAUUGCCACUGACGACGUACUACCAAUCCUCAAGGAUCAUCUGGAGGACAAGGAUGACGUUGUCAGAGAAUCUGCCAUCGUUGCGCUAGACAUGUACGAAUACGAAAACAGCAAUGAGCUGGAAUACGCUCCAGCCUAA